AUGGCGGCCACGGCGACGGCGGCGGCGGAGGAAGGGAUGGAGCAGCGGGCGCUGCAGUACGAGCAGACCCUGAUGUAUGGCCGCUAUACUCAGGACCUUGGGGCCUUUGCCAAAGAGGAAGCUGCUCGGAUCCGCCUAGGGGGCCCUGAGCCCUGGAAGGGCCCCCCAUCCCCUCGGACUCCUCCAGAACUUCUGGAAUAUGGACAGAACCGUUGUGCCCGAUGCCGCAUCUGUUCCGUGCGCUGCCACAAGUUCCUGGUGUCCAGGGUUGGGGAAGACUGGAUCUUCCUGGUCCUGCUGGGGCUCCUUAUGGCAUUGGUCAGCUGGGUCAUGGACUAUGCCAUCGCAGCUUGUCUGCAGGCUCAGCAGUGGAUGUCCAGGGGCUUGAACACCAACAUCUUUCUACAGUACCUGGCCUGGGUCACCUACCCUGUGGUCCUCAUCACGUUCUCAGCAGGAUUUACACAGAUCCUGGCUCCUCAGGCUGUCGGAUCUGGCAUCCCUGAGAUGAAGACCAUUUUGCGGGGAGUGGUGCUAAAGGAAUACCUCACUCUCAAGACCUUUGUAGCCAAGGUCAUUGGGCUGACCUGUGCCCUGGGCAGUGGCAUGCCACUUGGCAAAGAGGGCCCCUUUGUGCAUAUCGCGAGCAUGUGUGCUGCCCUGCUCAGCAAGUUCCUCUCCCUCUUUGGGGGGAUCUAUGAGAAUGAAUCUCGGAACACAGAGAUGCUGGCUGCUGCCUGUGCUGUGGGAGUGGGCUGUUGCUUUGCGGCCCCUAUUGGAGGCGUCCUGUUCAGCAUCGAGGUCACCUCCACCUUCUUCGCUGUGCGCAACUACUGGCGGGGCUUCUUUGCUGCCACCUUCAGCGCCUUCAUCUUCCGGGUCUUGGCUGUCUGGAACCGUGAUGAAGAGACCAUCACUGCUCUCUUCAAAACCCGAUUCCGGCUCGACUUCCCCUUUGACCUGCAGGAGCUGCCAGCCUUUGCUGUUAUUGGUAUUGCUAGUGGCUUCGGAGGAGCCCUCUUUGUCUACCUGAACCGGAAGAUUGUCCAGGUGAUACGGAAACAGAAAACCAUCAACCGCUUCCUCAUGAAGAAACGCCUGCUCUUCCCAGCUCUAGUGACCUUCCUUAUCUCCACGAUGACCUUCCCUCCUGGCUUUGGGCAGUUCAUGGCUGGACAGCUCUCACAGAAAGAGACACUGGUCACCCUGUUUGACAACCGGACGUGGGUCCGCCAGGGCCUAGUGGAAGAGCUAGAGCCACCGGGCACCUCACAGGCCUGGAACCCGCCUCGUGCCAAUGUCUUCCUUACCCUGGUCAUCUUCAUUCUCAUGAAGUUCUGGAUGUCGGCUCUGGCCACCACCAUCCCAGUGCCGUGCGGGGCCUUCAUGCCUGUCUUUGUCAUUGGAGCAGCAUUUGGGCGUCUAGUGGGCGAAAGCAUGGCUGCCUGGUUCCCAGACGGGAUCCACACUGACAGCAGCACCUACCGUAUUGUGCCUGGUGGCUAUGCAGUAGUAGGGGCAGCUGCGCUGGCGGGAGCAGUGACACAUACAGUGUCCACGGCUGUGAUUGUCUUCGAGCUCACUGGCCAGAUUGCCCAUAUCCUGCCCGUCAUGAUUGCCGUCAUCCUGGCCAAUGCUGUUGCCCAGAGCCUGCAGCCCUCGCUCUAUGACAGUAUCAUCCGCAUCAAGAAGCUGCCCUAUCUUCCAGAACUGGGCUGGGGCCGACACCAGCAGUACCGGGUACGCGUAGAAGACAUCAUGAUACGGGAUGUUCCCCACGUGGCUCUCAACUGCACCUUCCGCGACCUACAGCUGGCUCUUCACCAGACCAAGGGCCGUAUGUUGGCCCUCGUGGAGUCCACCGAGUCCAUGAUAUUGCUGGGCUCCAUCGAGCGCUCACAAGUGGUGGCAUUGCUGGGAGCCCAGCUGAGUCCAGUCCGCCGCCGGCAAUACAUGCAGGACAUGCAGGAGCAGCGGGCUCGUGCGGCCCAGGCCUCUCCACCAGCAGACCCCGAGCGUCCUCCCAGCCCCGAGACUGCCUUCCAGGUGAACACGGAGGAUCCAGGCUUCCCUGCUCCCCGCGUGGAGAGUCAUAAGCCCCUGAAACCUGCUCUCAAGAGGGCGUCCAGCAACACUAUGAACCAUAGGGAGAGCUCAACAGGGAGUGGGGAGUCAUCAGGGAUUGCCCUCAGGAGCCUCUUCUGUGGGAGUCCACCUCCUGAGGCCAGUUCAGAAUCAGAGAAGUCAGAAUCAUAUGAGAAGCGCAAGCUGAAGCGAGUUCGAAUCUCCCUGGCGAGUGACUCGGGCCUGGAAAUCGAGAUGACCCCUCAGGAGAUUCUAGAAUGGGAGGAACAGCAACUGGAUGAGCUGGUCAACUUCAAUGACUGCAAAAUUGACCCUGCCCCCUUCCAACUGGUGGAGCGGACCUCCCUACACAAGACUCAUACCAUCUUCUCACUGCUGGGAGUGGACCACGCAUAUGUCACCAGUAUUGGCCGACUCAUUGGAAUUGUCACCUUAAAGGAGCUCCGGAAGGCCAUCGAGGGCUCUGUCACAGCACAGGGUGUCAAAGUCCGCCCCCCCCUCGCCAGCUUCCGAGACAGCGCCACCAGCAGCAGCGACACAGAAACCACUGAAGUGCAUGCACUCUGGGGGCCCCGCUCCCGCCAUGGCCUCCCCCGGGAGGGCAGCCCUUCUGAUAGUGAUGACAAGUGCCAGUGA